GCUAGGUGUCGCACCAGCAAGGCAGUACACACAGAUAGGGCUGGAUUGGGCUGUCUUUGUUCUUGCCAAGACGAUUUAAAGAGGUCUCUGCAUCAGACAACAUGGCACCCAAAAGGAAGUUAGAUGAGGAAGAAGAGGACGCCUCAGCCGGAUCAGCCGGUGAGGAGAAACAGGAGGACGAGGCAGCAUCAUCAACAGAGGCCGAUACUCCUGCUAAGAAAGGCAGAGGACGUCCAAAGAAGUCAGAUGCAGAAAAAAAGCCAUACACACCGACGGGAAAUCCCCGUGGCCGACCCAGGACCAAGGUACCGGGAGGUGGAGCAGAUACACCGAAAAAACGAGGAAGGCCGUCUUUGUCAUCUAAAUCUGGAACAGAUAGUAAUGAUGUGGAGAAUUCUCUGUCAGCCUCACCGAAAAAACGAGGAAGGCCGUCUUUGGCAUCUAAAAGAGGAACUGAUAAUGAUGUAAACGAUGAGCCUACAAACCAACCAAGAAAACGAGGAAGACCUCUCGGAUCAACGAAGAAGCAGAAAGGAGAUAAAGCUCAGCCCCCCAGCAAACAAUCCCCAAAUAUCCCCACAGGAAAGCCAAGAGGUCGAGGACCAUUGGGCGAAAAUAGUGCCAAAAUAUCCCGAUAUAUUCCCACAGGAAAGCCAAGAGGUCGACGACCAUUGGGUGAAAAUGGUGCAAAAACAACAACAUGUAUUCCCACAGGAAAGCCAAGAGGUCGACGACCAUUGGGUGAAAAUGGUGCAAAAAAUAACCCAUAUAUCCCCACAGGAAAGCCAAGAGGUCGACGACCAUUGGGUGAAAAUGGUGCCAAAAAAUCCCCAUAUAUCCCCACAGGAAAGCCAAGAGGUCGAAGACCAUUGGGUGAAAAUGGUGCCGAAAAAUCCCCAUAUAUCCCCACAGGAAAGCCAAGAGGUCGACGACCAUUGGGUGAAAAUGGUAGGCAAAAAUAUGUCCCCACGGGAAUACCAAGAGGACGGAAACCUAUAGGUGAUAAAGCUAGGGUUCCAUACCAGCCAACAGGGAAACCCAGGGGUCGACCUAAAGCUGAUAUGACUGUCACGGCUAUUCAAGUAAAGAAAAAGUAUUUCAAGAAAGAGAAAUACCGCCUACAAGUGAAACCAUUCAAAAUUAGGAGGGCGAAAUUUAAACCCAAGCCGACUGAAAAAAAGUUUAUGACUGUGAAACCCCUCAAAACGGAACCACCCACAAAAAACAGAAUUGUACCUGUUACUGUCCAGCUAGUUCAAUCGCACAAGGACGAAAAAUCUGGCACGCCUCACGUAAAUCUUCGCAAUUCUGGCACGCCUCAUUUGAAUCUUCGCAAUUGUGGCACACCUUCUGUGAAUCCUACUAUCUUCAAUGUGACUCCAUCAAAAGGGAGCAAUGCCCGUUAUCCCAUGCUCAACGAGUACCAAAGGAGUCUACUCCAUGUGAACCAUAGUAAACAUUUACUGAACUAUGAGUGUGACCGUGAACCUGCGCUGGACGUUCUACAGAAGAAACUUCUGGCCGUGAACACCCAGCUUAUUGAUACGGAGGAGCAGAGGCUGGAACUCGACAAACGUAUCAUCAUAUUUAAACAGCGCAAGAUAGAACUGGAACGGCAACUGUUGAAUUAUCGGCCACAGAGACGGGUGUUAACACGAGUUGAACAGAUUCCUGUCAUAAACAUGGCAAAUGAUCAACAAAGUGGUGUUGAACACGGAGCCAAAAUUCAAGGGUGGGUGUCUGUAGCGGAUAAUCUUGUAAAAAUCCCAAAUUGUUCACCAUCUUUGAAGAACUGUGAACGUAAACCUGAAGUUCAGACCUCUGGUCCUUUGCACUCGCGUGCAAGAUCAUCAGCAGAUGACUCCAAGGAUGUAAAAAAAACCAAGAAGGUGACAUCCCGGAGUGAAAAGAGGGGGCGCGGACGACCAAGGAAACAGGAAUGAGUGGAACGUGUACAGUGGCUGGUUCUAGUCGAUACUGAGUGUGGUGCAGCUUACCGGUAAUUUCCCUUUCUGGAUGAUCUGGCUGUGCCUGCAGAUAUUGUGCACCACCGUUAACUUGUUAGCAGCUUUUCAACUUCUCAGACAACAUGUACAGACACUCUGUGUGUGUGGGACUCCAUUACUGCCAGACUCCCGACAUCUCUUCAUCAUUUCAUACAUCAUAAGCUGUUUAUAGCCAUUACGCAAAUCAUUAGUCCACAGGUCAUUAUUCAAAUUCAUUUUGUAAAUGUACCUUGUAAUUUCAUUUAAUUAACAUCUCAUCAAGAUUUCGGCGUACAUUUCCUUUGUAAAAAAAUCAUUUUUGGUCAUGUUUUAGAUUUUCACAUUUUGAAUUUGUUUUUCACUUUUGAGAGCAAAGUAUUGUAAAGUGUGAUUAUUUUUACUAGUUUGAAAUUGGGUACUUUAUGAAACGAACUUUGGACUCUGUGAAGUUUAAAUGCUGUGACCAUGCAGCACUCAGUAAGACUCACACAAUUUGUACUUCCACGUUUUGCUUGUCCCCAAUUGAUGUUAGUCAUAUUUCUGUGGUAUGUGUAAUUUUGUAUUUAAUUGAUAAGUGAGAAAUUGUUGUUAAUUUUCCAACUAAAUGAACUUCAUUUUUAAAACAUCCAAUUUUGAUAUGUAUCUCAUAUUUUUUUUAUUCUUGAUCAUAUUAGUAUAAAAGUAUAAACAAUGUUUUAAAUAUCUCUUGAUACAGUACUGGUUGUUUGUAAUUUUUGGAGAAAUUUUUGAAAUGUUUUUAAACUGACACUUUUUUUCUGUGUAAAAGUAAGUGUAAACUGUUAACAGGAAAAUGGCACCUGUUACAGGCCGUCUUAUCAGUGAUAACUUAUGUUGAACAGUAUUAAGUUGAUUCAACUCAUUCACCCCUGAAGACACAUUUGGACUCUUCUAAUUCAAAGGUUGGAAUAGUUCAUUAUGAAACUUCAGGGGUAUAUGAGUUAAAUGCAAUUCCGUGAAAUGUUUAUUUGUUGUAAAUCACUGCCAGUCCUCUUUGAUGUGAUAAACUUGAGUCUACCAUCUACGACUGUCUUGCUCUGUAACCUUAAUCUGCAGAAGAAAAAAAUAAAUGAAAACUUUUAAUUACUGAAUUCCUUUAAAGUAAUUGCUAUUGAAAAUUUCAUGUUGGUUUUAUAUUUUUAAUAAAAUGCUUUGUACAAUAUACUGUAUUGUUUUAGAGAAUGUUAUUGUGUUCGCCGUUAUUGGGGUUCUUUUGUGGUUGUAAAACAGGAUGUGUUCAACAAAUGUCAUGAAAUUUUACAUAAAGAAUGAAGUGUUCUGGAAUAUUAACAUAUGUUUUGAACAAAUUUUGUUUCAUUUUUGCAAGUUUUAACUUUAUUUUUUUUCUGCGUAUUUAUUACACAUUAGGAACCGAACGAGACUGGAGUUUGAUAUAAACAGUCUGGUACAUUUUUUUGUAGUUGAGAUACAGUUUUUCUUUCCUUAUGUGUACUAUACCAGUACGAGGCAGCAGCUGUGUUCAGUCAAGUGUAACCAGUAGUGGGUGUGGCCUAUCUGUGUGUGUUGUCUGUCACCAGUAUAAAGGAGUAAAACGAGGAGCAAUAAAUGGCAGACUUUUAUCAAA